AUGCCAGAUGGCGGCGCCAACGAAAGGCCGGGGGAAAAGAGAGAGGGCAGGUUAUCGCGUGCCAGCAUGUUCUGCUACCAGUGUCCGCCGCCGCCUCCGACCAGCGGCAUCGGAGGCACCGCCGUCCCGGGCGCCACUGCGGGUUCCGUACCGUCUUCGGCGGGACCAGGCCUGGGAUCCCACUUGGGUUCCCAUCCUCACCACCAUCACCAUCACGGACAACACUUGGCGGUGCCUCCGAUGAGCGCCAGCGCCGCCGCCGGGUUGCUCGGCGGCACCAGGUUGGCGGGAUUGGAUUACCCUUUUGCUGCGACGCAUCCCUACACGAGUUACUCCUAUCACCCUGCGAUUCACGACGACUCGUUCGUCAGACGAAAACAACGUCGAAACCGGACGACGUUUACACUACAACAGUUAGAAGAAUUAGAAACGGCCUUCGCCCAGACACAUUAUCCGGACGUCUUCACACGAGAAGACUUGGCCAUGAAAAUUAAUCUGACGGAAGCAAGAGUACAGUUAGAAGAAUUAGAAACGGCCUUCGCCCAGACACAUUAUCCGGACGUCUUCACACGAGAAGACUUGGCCAUGAAAAUUAAUCUGACGGAAGCAAGAGUACAGGUAUCUCCACAACAGGUCAAUGCAUCAAGACAACAGGUGAAAAAGAUGGUAAAUUUAGAAAUUGUAUGGAAAAGAACUUGGGUCAACUAUAAAUGCUGA